AUGUUCAGGCCAAUUGGGAUUUUCGGAAACAAAGAUGAUGGGGUUUAUCCUCCGCAUCUCACCUACAGUUGCUCUAUAGUACUCGAAAAACAAUCGAUGGUCGUUGUGAGCCCGUCACCGAAUGCCAAAACGUUGGAGUUCGCGAUCUCGUUUCGUGUACGCCAAUGGGUCGAUGAGAAUAAAAGAGUUCUUGUCGUGCCAUUUUACGAGCCAAACGAUGACUUCACGCCAUUGUGGUUGAUCCCAGAAAACACGAUAGCGACAAUUGUCAACAAUCCUGCAAUUGACACAAGGUCUGACAGCCCACCAUUUAUAGCAAGUACUUCUGUGGCAAGCAUUGUGCCAAAAGAACACGUUUGCACAUUUGGACUUUUGGUGCGACAAGAGGACGUACCAUCAAUAAACGAUUUUUAUGGAUACCUUUGUAUCGAUAGCGAUUGUGAUGAGGGGAAUGAUUGCGAAAUUGUCGUUGAAAUUGUAAUUCAUUGUCCAAUUGACGAAAUAGGAAAUUGUACUGAGGUCUCACCAUUGCAGAUUAACGGCGAAUAUUCGAAACUCAACUGCACGAACACG